AUGUGGCGGCAUGCUUCAACGAUUGUUGUCUGCCUAUUUUCCAUUCUACGUCUCACGGAUGCCUUAUCACUUGCGAAUUUUCAAUUGAUUUCACCUACUGCAGUCUCAUUAGGCUGUUUUGUGGAAUAUAAUUCUUUGAUCUCAAAAUGCACAUUAUCAGACUUCAACAACGGCUGUUCCCUCGACUGUCAAUCAGCUCUGACUUCAAAAGCUUCAUGUGUGAGCGAAUCUUGCUCGGGAGAUCACGUAGCUUCAAAUACGUUGUUAGGAAUCGUCAAAAGGGGUGAGAUUAUUGCAGCCUUAUGUCCUAAUAUCAAAACAUCUACUACGACGACGAGACCGACAUCGACGACUACGCUGGUGAAAACUUCAACUAGGAGUGUGAAGACUACGGCGGCGAGUGUUACCAUUCCGAUAUCGAGUCCGGGAAUUACACUCUCCACUACUUUUAGUUCGAGUUCAACGCAAAGCUUCAGUUCGACGAUUUUUACGACGACAUUUUCCGCGAUUCCUACGACAGCACAAUCUACGAGUACAGAAACUUCGAGUACUUCUCAAUCAUCAUCUUCUCAAAUAUUAUCGUCAUUAUCGUCAUCAACGUUAUCAUCGUCAUCAUCGUCAUCAUCGUCAUCGUCGUCGUCAUCAUCAUCUCCUUCAUCGGAUUCAACAUCAUCAAGUUCCACAAGCACAAACACAAACACAAACACAAAUACAAAUACAAAUACAAAUACAACACCAACCACGACUCAGACACAAUCAUUCACAUCUACACCUACAAAAACCACAGCAGCAACCCCGAAGUUAACGACGACAACGGCGGCAGCGGCAAAUAAUGGGGAUGGGAUUAGUGGAGGUGGAAGUCCAUUUGAUAUAGAUGCGAAUGGUGGGGCUCUGAUGUCUGGAGUGAGCAUGAUACCCGUGAGGUUACUGGUGGGGGUGGGGCUUAUUUAUGGGGGAUGGGGACUGGGGUUUCUUGGGUAG